UCAGUCAAUCACCAGUCGCACAACGUACAAUAUCUUUCCCUACGUAUUCGGGCGUCCUUGUUUAACAAAUAAGUAGAAAAUCGCCUUGAUGAUAAUGUGUUUAUUAUCAUCAUGAUAAUGCGGAAGAGAAAAAGUAACGACUUCUUAAACAGUAACAAUUUCUUUUAACUUAUUUAUUUGUUUACUUAGUGUGAUUUUAUUUAAUGUUCGAGAAUUUAUAGUGUGAUUCGUCUGUGAUAUUUUUUUGUUUUAAAGGUUUUAAAUUUUUUUGAAUUUCGCGCCAAGAUGAUCGAUAAGGAAAAACAGUUGAAGAAACUCCCUUACCCAAAAUCAGUAUUUUUCAUUGUGAGCAAUGAGUUCUGUGAGAGGUUUUCUUACUAUGGAAUGCGAACAAUUCUCAUCCUCUACCUCACGGACAUCCUCAGAUACACAGAGUCUACGGCCAAAAUCCUCUACCACACCUUUACAAUGUUCGUCUACUUUUUCCCACUUAUUGGUGCAAUUGUUUCCGACAGCUGGCUAGGCAAAUUCCGUACAAUUCUCUACGUGUCAAUGAUCUACGCGUGCGGUAGCAUCCUCUUGGCCUUAACCGCUGUAGACCCGUUACAGAUACCGCAAGAACCUUUUACGAUAGUCGCUUUGCUUCUAAUUGCUGUGGGUACGGGAGGGAUUAAGCCUUGUGUAGCUGCUUUUGGCGGUGACCAGUUCGUUCUACCUCAACAAGAGUUUCAACUCGCCACCUUUUUCUCCCUCUUCUACUUCUCCAUUAACGCCGGCAGUCUGAUUUCAACGUUCCUAACACCGAUCUUGAGAAAUGAUGUUGAGUGUUUUGAUAACAGUAGUUGCUAUCCAUUGGCUUUCGCUGUUCCGGGAGUUUUGAUGGUUAUUUCCAUCGCUAUAUUUGCCGUCGGUAAGCCUUUAUACAAGAUCAAGAAGCCUAAAGGAAACGUGUUUGUCAACGUUGUACAAUGCAUGUCGUAUGCUGUAAAAAAUCGGAAAAAUGGUCCACCGGUUGACCAUUGGUUGGAUCGAUCUGAGUCAGAAUAUGGGGCUAAAUUAGUCAGUGAUAUUAAAGCAUUAUUAAAGGUGCUGCUUCUGUACAUUCCUCUUCCGAUUUUCUGGGCCUUGUACGACCAACAAGGCUCCGGAUGGACGUUCCAGGCCGUCAGAAUGGACGGAAACAUUGGAUUUUACACGAUUCUACCUGAUCAAAUGCAGGUAGUAAACCCUCUUCUGAUCCUAGCCUUCAUCCCUUUAUUUACUUACAUAAUAUACCCACUACUUGCCAAAUGCCACCUACUAAAAACACCUCUCCAACGAAUGUGCUGCGGAGGUUUUUUGGCAGCAGCAGCUUUUGCAGUGUCCGCUUGUGUGUCCAUUGCUUUAGAAAGCACCUAUCCUGUUCUGCCAUCUAGCGGAGAAGCUCAAAUCAGGAUCUAUGAUACUACUUCUUGCAACUAUCAAUUUACGCGUGAUGGAAAUAACGUUGGCACCCUCACAGACGGUUAUUACGAAGAUAAAUAUCUCAGUAUUAGCAGUAAAACCCAACUGGUUAAUUUUGCGUUCACAUCUUCUGCUUGUGAAAACUAUGAUGUACCUUUAACCAUGACAGAAGCAACCGCAUAUGGAAUAUUUUUACACGAUAAGGGUGCUGAAACAUACGUAGAUUCUGUAACUAAGAGUGAAGACGGAUAUCCCUUAGUAAGAACAUUAGUCAGCGAUAAAUCUGCAGUAAACUACUCAUAUUCUGAUGGUGACCAUAAUUUAAUGGUGGAAGCAGGAAACUUCACAAUAAAGAAACUUUCAUACGUUGGUACUUACACUAUUGAUAUUCUAGACGGCAAAGAAGUCGAGUUUAAGCUUGGAGGAACUUAUACUGUCCUUAUAAACGCGAAAGAGAAAACGAUGUCCUCCAUAAUAGUCACCCAACCAAAUAGCGUUCACAUUCUAUGGCUUCUACCUCAAUAUUUCAUCAUCACCGCCGCUGAGAUCAUGUUCUCCAUCACUGGUUUGGAGUUUUCGUAUUCGCAAGCUCCAGUUUCUAUGAAGUCAGUGCUACAAGCGUGCUUUUUACUAACUACAGCCAUAGGAAACCUUAUCAUUGUGUUGAUCGAGUCUGCAAGCAUAUUCACACUUCAGUCUAAUGAUUUCUUCUUGUACACCGGGCUUAUGGUGGGCGACAUGCUUAUUUUCAUGUGGCUGGCAGUACGUUACAAGUACGUAUCCGACGAGGAUAGCAGCAUAGCAGAAGAUACGGUGCUGGAGCCCGACAAUAAAAAAAGCACGAAUGGGGGUCUGGACAACCCCUCGUUUGAAAAGAGUAACUGAGAUAUUAUUUAAAAAAGUAUUAUAUACGAGAUUUAAAUAUAUGUAUAGGGUAGUAUUAUUCGUUGGAAAGAUCUGGGAUUCCAUCUUAUACUCGUAAGUUAAUACCUUAACCACCACGACCAACAGUAUUUACAGGAAUUAAGGUUUUAUAUAUACCAAAAAAAUACAAUCUUUUUCUAUAAAAUGCAACAUUUUGAUGAUGCUAAUAGGUACUAAAUGAAUUGGUAAAGGGACAUGCACAUGUCCAGCAACAUUAAUUUGAUUCCAAAAGGGAUCUUAAAAUAGAUAUUUUUUUAAUUUUAUUUAUUACAAUUACUUGGUAAUAAAUUUAUAAUUUUUUCAUUCAUUUAUAAAUAAUUUAAGAUUCUUUUUGGACUAUUAAAUAUUAAUAAAAUAACAAAUUAUUUUGUUUCUAGUCUUUGGUGUUAUUGUUAAAAAAAUUAAAAUUUUUAGGUUUUUUUAACUAAACUCUUAAACCGUUUUAUAUUAUAUACAUUUAAUUUUUUUACUAAAUUUAAGGCAGUAUGUACAUAUUAUAUAUUAAGUAGUAAGCAAUGUACUAUAUAUGUGAUAAUUGGAUUUGUUUUUAGAGAAAUAAAAAUUAUACCUACUUGUAUAUUUUAUUGUGUA